AUGGACACAGAGGAAGAAUGCUUUUCUGGCGAUGAAAUCGAUCAAUUUAAUUGUCCUAAACAUUUGCUUAUCUACACAAAUUAUUGUACAACUACUUAAUAAUUGCUCUGCUAGGAAUGUUUGAUCAAAUGUAGCUUGAAAGUAUAAAACAUCAUUUCAAUUGAAAAAGCUUUGAAUAACAUAAGUUUGUAAAAUAAAUAGCAAUUGUAAAAAGUUCAAAAAAUCAUUAAAAACUACAAUAAUCUUGAUGAUCAAAUUCAAAAAGAAAAUACUCAGAUACAUAAAAUGUCUUAAGUCUAAAUUUAAUCGUUGAAUUCAGUGUGCUCCUAAAUUAUUGAAAUUGUUUAAAUGAAAUUUUAAGAACUCAUUGAAUAAGUUGAAGUUCAUAAAAUGAAGCAUUAAUAGACUUUACAGGAUUCGAAAUGUGUCAUUGAUGAAUAUAAGGGAAGAGGAAUCUAAUUAGAAAAGAACAUCGUCAACUAAUAAAAUACCUCUGGAUAUGAGCAGUUAAAAAAGUUUCGAGAAUAUUACACUAUCAAUUGUAAGACAAUCAAAGAACUUGAAAACGAAUAUGAGAAUUUAUCCCAAGCCCCUAAAAUUCAAUAUCAGCAAUUGUAAAUUAGAAAUGCCUCCGAUAUCGUUAAAUCAAUCUCUAACAUCUUGUGUACUUUGGAAAGAGACUCCGAUUAUAGAAUCAAACGUGUAUCAUCCAAACUAUUCUAAUAACCUAACACCACAAGAGCAAGUCCAUUCUCUAAAAAAGGGUUUACUUAACAUAGUUCUCCUCAUUUUAGUUUGCAAUCAUCAAAGUAGCAAAUGAGAAAAACAGAAGUCAAAUAAAUAACUCUGGAUAUCCCAACGGAUUUAAGUUCUAUUUUAGACAAAGCCUCUCCCGAAUAAUCAAUUAUCAAUGAUUUCUUUAGUAACAAGUAAUCCUUAAGUGAACAUUCCAUUUCAUAGAUGGAGAUUCCAAUCUAAAAUCAAACAUAAUUUUAUAUUAUAGGGGGAUUGCUGAAGGGUCAAAGAUAAAAUCUUAUUGAAUUAGUUGACAUAUAAUCAAAGCAAUCUACUUAGCAUGACUUCUUGGUCUCAAAUCGUUAUGGAUUUUAAAUUGCCUAUCAUGGAAAUCAAAUUCUAUUGAUAGGAGGGAAAUAGGAAGGAAUUAGAACUGCCUUAUGUGAGUCAUACGAUCCAAAUCUAAAAUAAUCUAAAAUCUCUUAACUUAUACUUACUAAAGGGGUUAGUGGGUUGGCAUCAAAAUAAAUAGGAAAUAAACUAUAUAUUUCAGGAGGCAAAACAGAUUAAGGAAUCUAAGACAUAUUUCAACUCAUCAAUUUAGAUACAUAUUAGACUAAAAAUUUGUAAUCUAUUCCAAUUAAGUGUUAUAAUCAUACCUUGGUACAAGGUAAUGAGCCAAACUCUAUGUAUUUGUUUGACGAGUAAGGUUGUUUCAAAUAUGAUAUGGCAACUAAUCUAUGGAAAAGAAUCAAAUCUCCUAAUUAUCCUAGAAGAAGCCAUAUUUCUUUGACACUUCCAGAUGGCAUUUGGAUUUUCGGAGGAAGGUCUGGCAAAAAAUAUAUCAAAUAAAUUGAGAAAUACGAUGAAACCGAUUAAUAAUUUUAUUAAAUGGGAGAAUUAAUAUGUCCUACUGUUAAAUCCGAUGCAAUCGUUAGUGAUGACUAUCAAUUUAUAUAUUUAGUUGGAGGAAAGACUUAAGAAAAUAUUCCUAGUUCAAAUAUUUGGAGAUACUCCAUUUUGACUAAUUAAUGCGUGCUUUAUAGUUAAUUUACAAAGCCUAGAUAUUCUCAUAAGUUGAUCCCUAAAAAAGUUUGA